GCCACGAAUCCCAUAUCCCUACAUUCCGUUCCUUCCUCCACUCGUACCUUUGCAUAAUUCUCCACACGAUUCCCCCGAUGUCCUUCGAUAAACUGCGCCAGCGUUACGAGGCCGCAGGCCAGGGUCAUCUCCUCCAAUUCUGGCCCAAGCUGUCUGAGACGGAGCGCGCAUACCUCCUCGCACAGCUGGAUGCCCUCGACAUUGACCGUGUCAACCGGAUCUACCGCAAGGCCGUCUCUUCGGAGAAGGAGGCUGCGGAGAAUGCGGGCAAGGAUGCUAUCGGGCCUCUGCCUGAGGAUGCGUUUGACAGCGUGAUUGGUGUCCCUGAGAAGGAGAAGGAAUGGCGGUCUAUAGGCCUCCGCGCUAUCGCCAGCGGUCAGGUGGGCGUGCUCCUCAUGGCCGGUGGACAAGGCACUAGGUUGGGAAGCAGCGCUCCCAAGGGCUGCUACGACAUCGGACUGCCAUCGCACAAGUCCCUCUUCCAGUACCAGGCAGAGCGGAUUGCCCGCCUACAGAUUGUCGCUGAGAAGGAGUUCGGCAAGCCAGCUGGCUCCGUCGCGAUCCCGUGGUAUGUCAUGACCAGUGGGCCCACCCGUCCCGAGACCGAGGCCUUCUUCAAGAAGCACAACUACUUUGGCCUUUCGUCCAAGAAUGUGAUUUUCUUCGAGCAAGGCACCCUGCCGUGCUUGACCAUGGACGGCAAGGUCAUCCUCGAGAAACCCUCGAAGGUGGCUGUUGCCCCUGAUGGCAACGGCGGUCUGUACGCAGCCCUCCGGAAGCCGCUUUCCCCUUCUGCACCCCGCACCGUGCUCUCGGAUCUCGCGGCGCGCAAGAUCCAGUACGUGCACAGCUACUGCGUCGACAACUGUCUCGUCAAGGUCGCAGACCCCGUCUUCCUCGGAUACUGCAUCCAGAAGCAGGCCGACUGCGCCGCGAAGGUUGUCCCGAAAGCGUACCCAACCGAGUCCGUCGGUGUCGUCGCGCGCCGCGGCGACAAGUACAGCGUGAUCGAGUACUCCGAGAUCUCGAAGGAGCAGGCCGAGCGGCGCGACCCCAAGACGGGCGAGCUUGCGUUCCGCGCGGGGAACAUCGCGAACCACUUCUACACGACCGCGUUCCUGAACAGCACCGCGGACUUCGAGGACGAGCUCGCGUUCCACAUCGCGCGCAAGAAGAUCCCGUUCGUGGACGCGACGGGCGCGGCGGCCAAGCCGGCGACGCCGAACGGCAUGAAGCUCGAGCUGUUUGUCUUCGACGUGUUCCCGUUCACGCGCCACUUUGCCGUGCUCGAGGUCGCGCGCAACGAGGAGUUCAGCCCGCUCAAGAACGCGCCCGGCACCGGCUCGGACGACCCCCAGACGAGCCGCCGCGACCUGCUCUCCCAGCACAGGCGCUUCCUCGAGCGCGCCGGCGCGAAGGUGGCAGACGCCGUGGAGAUCGAGGUUUCCCCGCUAGUCACAUAUGCAGGCGAGGGCCUGGACGCGACCAAGGGCAAGAAUUACACACGAUCGGGCCUAGUGGAGGCGAUCGAGGAGCUUGACGCGCUACUCUAAAGGGACCUAAUUCUCGGACUGGAAGGACAUCAUCAUUGUACAACAAACUAACCUACACAUCGCAUCGGGCUUGUCGUCUCAACGGACUCCUCAUGGACUUUUCUGGUUUCUGGUUUCGUUCGUAGGGUUUGGUAGAACAUUGCAUCCACAUAAUCAUCACACAAUCAUAAUCACCCCGCUCAAGUCUGAAUCACGUAUCCGUCGUUGCUGGUAGUGAGACAUGGGAACAUCACAGGAGUUACGAAUAUCGGUAACAUGUCAGUGUCCUCAUCCCAAGUCCCCUACGCACGCCGACGGGCGUGAAGUCAAGUGCCAUCCUCUGGUGGACGAUUAGAUAGACCGUUGAUGACAGAUCGGUUGCCUAAGGACUUUGUGUGAACGAAGGUCUACUAGAGGAGUGCUGAGAACUUAC